AUGUACACCUAUGGCUGGCGAACGGGCCAAUAUGAUCCUCAUGCCCACAAUAAGGUUGAGCAUUCCUGUGUUGAUUGGGAAUGGUUUGAGGACUGGCUAGAUGAACGAAAGUUUUCUGAACAUGACAAACAGGGUUUAAUUAAACGACCUGAUGGCACUACCUGGGACCCACACCGCUUUCAUUAG